AAUAAUAAAUUAAAUAAAAUAAAUAAAUAAUAAUUCAGCAAAAAUCAAAAGUACAGCUCCACAACCCAACCCAACCCAUCAUCAACAAGAACAAAACCAACGAUUGCUUUCUCUAAUUUUCGCCUUUUUCCCUCUUAAACCCCAUCGGCGAAACUUUUGCUUUCUCUCUCUACAUCUGCUUUCAGUUGGGGGCAUCUGUUUUCUGAUUUCAAACUCUUAUCGUUUUUUGUUUUUGUUGUUGUUGCCCCCAAUUGGUUUCUUCUGCAUCAAAAAAAUUGAAACAAGCUUUAAUUUCUUCGUCAAUGGCUCAUCGUGUUUGCAAUAAUCACCUCAAUAUUUGAGCAUUAGGUGUUGAUUUUAACUUGUGUAGCUAUUUCUGGUGUUAGGUUCAAGGUGUUGUUGCUCUUUUGAUGCUUUUGUUGGCGAUUUUUUUAUGAAAUGAUGGUUUCUGGAUCGCGCCUAGAUCUCGAGGCGUCCUGAUCUGGCUUAGUAGUUGGAAAUCUGUAUGAAAUUAGGCACAACGGAAAGCUGAGGAGGCGAUUUCUAAGCUGGUAAGAGCAUAAUUACAUAAGUCAGGGUGGGGAAUAUAUUGAGUAUAAAGGGGGAUAGUUUCCCCACGAGUAGCCUAUGAUUGGUUCGCCCGAUUCCGUUACAUUUAUGGUGUUGUGAUUGAUUGGUGACUGCAUUGGAUAUAAUUUAAGGAAAGUUUCGAUUUUGUGCUGUCAGUUAUGAUAAAAAAUAUUCUCAAUAGGCUUCCUCGAAAACAGAACAAGUUAGUUGAUAAUCGCGAUGGAGGAUCCUCUACUUUGGCUUCAAAUUCUUCAAGAACAAAUUCGCGUUCGAACGCCACAGCUGUUUCCGGUAUCAACUCAACCUCAAACUCCGGCCAACAUUACAUGCCGUUACAUACAAAGAUAAACGGGAAUGGAGCACAUAUGCCGUACGAGGCACUUCCCAGCUUUAGAGACGUGCCGAAUUCCGAGAAGCAAAACUUGUUUCUCAAAAAGUUGAGCAUGUGUUGUGUAGUGUUCGACUUCGCCGACCCAGUGAAGAAUUUGAAAGAAAAAGACGUCAAGAGGCAGACAUUAGUGGAGCUUGUCGAUUACGUUGCUUCAGCAAAUGGGAAAUUCCCAGAAAACGUUAUGCAAGAGAUGGUGAGAAUGAUAUCAAUUAACUUGUUCCGCACACUUUCCACUCAGCCUCGUGAAAACAAAGUAUUAGAAGCCUUCGAUUUGGAAGAAGAGGAGCCUCUGAUGGACCCCGCUUGGCCCCACUUGCAAGUCGUUUACGAAUUCCUUCUCCGAUUUGUGGCUUCGCCCGAGACAGAUGCCAAGCUGGCAAAACGAUACGUGGAUCACUCUUUCGUACUCAGAUUGUUAGAGCUUUUUGAUUCGGAAGAUCCUAGAGAGAGAGACUAUUUAAAAACUGUUCUUCACCGGAUAUACGGGAAAUUCAUGGUCCACCGCCCCUUCAUUAGAAAAUCGAUCAACAAUAUAUUCUUCAACUUUAUUCUAGAAACGGAGAAGCAUAAUGGGAUAGCUGAGCUUUUAGAGAUUUUGGGCAGCAUUAUAAAUGGAUUUGCGCUGCCUUUGAAAGAAGAGCACAAGCUUUUCCUUGUUCGGGCGCUCAUUCCACUUCAUAAACCGAAGUGCAUUCCCAUAUACCAUCAGCAGCUAUCUUAUUGCAUUACGCAGUUUGUCGAGAAGGACUGCAAACUUGCUGAUACAGUCAUAAGAGGGUUGGUCAAAUACUGGCCGAUCACAAACAGUUCGAAGGAGGUCAUGUUCUUGGGCGAGCUCGAGGAAGUGUUGGAAGCAACUCAGCCUCCAGAGUUUCAGCGUUGUAUGGUUCGUUUGUUUCGUACCAUUGGUCGAUGCCUUAGCAGUUCGCACUUUCAGGUAGCAGAACGGGCUCUCUUUUUGUGGAACAAUGAUCACAUCGAAAACCUGAUCAAACAAAAUCGUAAAGUCAUACUCCCAAUUAUAUUUCCUGCAUUAGAAAGAAACGCAAGAAGCCAUUGGAACCAGGCUGUCCAAAGCUUGACAUUGAAUGUCCGGAAAAUCUUCUCCGAUGUGGACCCAGAGCUAUUUGAGGAGUGCUUGCUCAAAUUCCAAGAAGACGAAGCAAAAGAAGAAGAGAAUAAGACGAAACGAGAAUUAAUAUGGAAGCGUCUAGAGGAUAUAGCCGCAAUGAAAGCUGCUAGUAAUGAACCGGUGCUCGUUCCUCUCAGGACGAAUAGCAAGGCGACAUCUGGUUGAAAGCCCUGCCUAAGGGCUGCGUCUUUCUUAAAUUGCUAUUGGUUGCUAUGUUUGCUUACUGUGUUGAUUGAUUUUGCUCUAAUCACACCUUGUCUUUUUUUCUUCUUCUUUUUUUUAUUUAUUUAUAAUUAUUGUUGAGAAACAGUGAAUGUAAAUAUAGAAUUGGGGUGGAGAAUCUUCAGGGGAUGUUUUACAUGGAGAAAAUUUCUUUUACGCCCUUA